AUGACUAAAGAGUCCGCCUCCGAGAUGGAAAUAUUGUACACAAACAUUAUGGAAAUAUAUAGAACGCUUGAAACCUUACAACGACCAGUCGCAUCUUGGGAUGAUUUCUUAGUAUUCAUCGCGGUUCAAAGGCUCGACUCCGACUCUGUUAAAGCUUGGGAAUAUCAUCUAGGCCCGUCAAAGGACCCUCCGACAUGGCAGCAAUUCACCGAGUUUUUAAUGACUCGAUUACUUUCUUUGCAAGCGUUCGAGAAAUCAAGAGGCACGAAAGGUCCUGCACAACCUCGCCAGAUCCCAGUGAAGGCUCAUUUUCAAGGAAAACUAAAGGAUCAACCGGCUUUUAAUUCAAAAACUUGUGGUAUCUGUUCAGAGAAUCAUCAUCCAUCGAAAUGUUCGCAAUAUGAAUCAAAAACAGUACCUCAACGCAUAGCACUGAUUGUAAAGCAUAAGUUAUGUUACAAUUGUCUAGGUCCUCAUCGAGCAGCUACUUAUAAAAUCACGAGACGUUGUAUAAAAUGUGGAAAUAAACACCAUACUACCAUUCAUAAAUCUGAUAUGAAGCCUAAAGUUAAUAAACCUGAUGCGCUGAAUUCGGAAAAUCAUUCCGAUUCAGCUACUAAACCAGUACAAAGUAACGUAUUGCAUUCUGCACUUGGAGUUCAAUUCUCUCCAUCAGAAGUUCUCCUCGCAACAGCUCGUGUCAAUCUCUUGAACGAUAGAGGUGAAAAGCGUAAGGUGAGAGUCUUAAUUGAUCAAGGCUCUGAGAUAUCUCUUAUACGGGAACGUGUAGUUCAGCUGAUGCGAAUUCCUAGAAAGAUGACUGCUAUUUCUCUCGUUGGAGUAGGAGGUGAACAGACGAAUAAGACAAAGGGUCUUACUUCGUUUACCUUGCAAUCAUUACAUGAUUCACAAUCUACUUGUAGCGUUACAGCUCACAUCCUGCCAAAGCUCACUACACCUUUGCCUUCUGCAAAGAUAACUACUACUGUAUGGCCACACCUUGCGGAGCUCGAACUGGCAGAUCCUGAAUUCUCAUUACCUGGCGCUAUUGACAUAAUUAUUGGUUCUGAUUUCUAUGGUCACAUUAUACAGGACGGUUUAGUCAAAGGAGUUAUUAACCUACCGACAGCUCAGCGCACUAUCUUUGGAUGGAUCAUUUCUGGUCCGUGUGGCUUUCAGCCAAAUCCUAAUUUGUCGUCAUCUGCUCCAUGUGGCUUACAGCCAACUCCUGUUGUGUCGCAAAGCUAUCACGUUUCCGUUGAUAGGGAAUUACUUGAGGUCUUAAGUCGUUUUUGGGAACUAGAGGACAUUCCUUGCUCGUCAAGAUCUCUGCUUUCAACCGAACAUCAAGCAUGUGAGGAUCAUUUUCAAUCUACUCAUUCUAGAGAUGAGAAUGGUCGCUACGUUGUAAGAUUACCUUUUAAAGAUUCAGUGAGUCAGCUAGGAAAUUCAAAGAUUAAGGCUUUUCGGUUAAUAUCUAGGAUGAAGAACACAUUUGAAAACGAUCCCGCAUAUAAACGUACUUACUUCGAUUUUAUGAACGAGUAUAAUCAACUCCAGCAUAUGCGCAUUGUUUCUGAUCAAAAGUAUGACCCCCCUCAAGUAUACUAUUUGCCUCAUCACGGUGUAAAACGAGAAACCAGUCUUACUACUAAAUUAAGAGUAGUCUUUAAUGGUUCAAGCCGUACUACCUCUGGAUUGUCAUUAAACGAUAUUUUACAUACCGGAGAGAAAUUGCAAACUGAUUUGUUCAAUGUUUUAAUCUGGAUGCGAAAAUUUCUCUAUGUUUUUUCUACAGAUGUAGAGAAAAUGUACCGACAAAUAAAGGUACACUCCGAUGACUGGAAUUUUCAGCGAGUACUCUGGUUUGACCAGUCCGAUAAUAUUGCCGCUUUUCAAUUGACUACUGUGACCUAUGGUCUAGCAUGUGCACCCUUCCUUGCGCUCCGUACUUUAUUACAACUGGUCAAGGAUCACGGGGACCAGUACCCUUUGGCAGUGCCAAGCCUCACCAAAGGACGAUACGUUGAUGACAUAUUUGGAGGAGCUGACUCUAUUCAGCAAGCACAAGAAAUAGUAACGCAAUUAAAUAAUCUCUGCAUGGCAGGUGGUUUCCCUCUGCAAAAAUGGUUCUGCAGUCACCCAGAUAUAUUAGCAUUUGUUCAAAACGACAAGAAGAUCCUUUCUUCAUCAGUUGCCAUCAAAGAUAAUACCAUGCUCGAAUGGGAUGAUCCAUUGCCACCACCUCUUUCCGCUGAAUGGAUUAAUUUUCUUCAAGAUCUACAGGAGAUUUCAAGCUUGACCUUUCCUAGAUGGUUAGGCUGCACUUCUGACACGAAACUCGAAAUACAUGGGUUUGUGAUGCAUCUCAGCGAGCUAUGGCAGCAGUCGUAUACUUGCGAGCAACAUCUCCUGAUGGAAAUACAAAGGUCACCCUG